AUGGCUGCCGCGACGAUCGCCAGCAAGCACCCGGCGGCCGACGGCGGCGGCGACGCCUGCUCCGGUGCGUCGCACUGCAGUACGUUGACGAACAUCUACAACUACGACAGCCUGGGGACGCUCGGGGCGGGCGCGUGCAGCGUCGUCCGCAAGGCCCGCGAUCGCCGCACCGGCGACACGGUGGCGAUCAAGUGCUUCCACCCGCCAGGUGGAGACCUCGACGACGGCCAGCAGCAGCAGCAGCACGACGCCGUCGCGCUCGCCGGCCGGGAACGCGACUGCCUCGCCGCGUGCCGCGGCAGCCCGUCCGUCGUGCAGCUUCUCGACGUCGCCGCCGACCCAUGGAACAGCGGCGACGUGUACCUCGUCAUGGAGUUCGUCGGCACCCGCACGCUCCGCGACCUCACCGUCGGCCGUCCCUUCUCGGAGGCCGAGACCCGCGCCCUGAUGCGGCAGCUCCUCGCUGGCGCCGCGGCGAUCCACGGCGCCGGCCUGAUCCACCGCGACGUCAAGCCGGCAAACAUCCUCGUCGGCCCGGGCUGCGUCCUCAAGUACUGCGACUUCGGCGACGCCACGCCGGUCAUGCCGCCGUAUGAGGAAUUCUUGGUCGGCACGCUCCGGUUCACCUCGCCGGAGGAGGUCGCCGGCGACCGGUUCUACGGCCAGGGCGUGGACAUGUGGGCGCUGGGCUGCGUGAUGGCCGAGCUCCUCACCGGCAGGUUCGUGUUCACCUCGUCGGAGACGUGUGAGGACCAUGUCCUCGACCUGCUGGACCUGCGAGAAUGCGACGUCGGAGCCGAGGACUCGCCGGCGUUCGGUGGCCUGCCGGGGCUGUCGCCGGCGGGGCGCGAGGUGCUGGCUGGGCUGCUGGCGUUCGACCACCGGGAGAGGAUGACGGCGGAGGCGGCGCUGGAGCACCGGUGGUUCACGGCGGCGGCGGACUCGCCUGCCGUACUCAGGCGCCUCGCCGACCUAGCAGCUGGGAAGAACAACAUGUAG